GACUCCAAGAUGGCCUCCGUCGAACCAGUGAAAGAGAAGAAACUCAUGGAUGUCAAACUAGGGGAGCUGCCCAGCUGGAUACUGAUGCGGGAUUUCACCCCUUCAGGCAUUGUGGGAGCAUUUCAGAGAGGUUACUACCGGUAUUACAACAAGUACAUCAACGUGAAGAAAGGGAGCAUCGCUGGGCUUAACAUGGUGCUGGCAGCCUAUGUGAUUUUUAGCUACUGCUUUUCUUAUAAGAAACUCAAACAUGAGCAGCGACGAAAGUACCACUGAAAAGGGCCAGUGUGG